GAUACUUUUCACUGUUACGUAAAGUCGAGUAAAGAGCAGCGUUUCUGGUUACGAGAUAAAGUGAAAUGCCGGCGGAAGGGUGGCUGAAUGGCCCGAAGGAGGCCGAGUGAAAAAGAACGAAGAGAGAAGAAAAAAAUGAAUGUAAUCAAAUUCCAGUCAUUCGCUUCAUUUCACUCGCACCCAUGAAUCACGCGACGGCGAUCAACGGUACGAUCGAAGAACAGCACCGGUUUUACGAGCCUUUAUUUCGCUCGUUGAAUUAAUUCGACAUCAUAAAGAGUAAGAUAAUGGCCAACCGGGAUGCAUUCGAAACUGCCGCUCGAGAACAAGAACACUUUUUUUUAGAUUUUGAAAGCUUAAUUACGGACUGUUUAAUGCGCAGUUACUUUUCGAUUGAGGAUAAAGUGGCGAUGUUAGACAUCAUAAUUGCUACAGCAGUAGUGGUAAUAAUGGUAAUAAUGACAGUGAACAUGAAAAUGGUAACAAUAAUGGUAAUAAUGAUGACAUUGAACAUGAAAAUGGUGGCAAUAAUGAUGGUACUUGCGGGAACAGUGAUUACUCUAAUAAUAAACGUAAAAAUGAUAAUAAUAGUUAUAACAAUCAUGGUUAUGUAAGUAGUGCGAAGAGUAAUCAUGGUUACCACUAUCAUGGUGACAAAAAUGACAAUCCUUGGCGAUCACCUGAUCAUUUGAGGUGUCAUAUUAACACUAUUUCUACCAAGAGGUGUCAAAGGACACCUUUCAAAUUUUACCCUAAUAUUCUCCAACUUGAAUCAUUACUCCACAAUUAAUUUUUUGACUUUUCAUACAAUAAUUGUUAAAUUAACUCAGCGAUAUUUUCUUCCAGCUCCUAGAUCUAAAAAUGUGCAUAUGGUAUACUUAUUUCUACCAUGUGCGUUUUGACACCUUAAGAAUUUCAUGAUAGUGCGUAAUUUUAAACCAUUUUACAUAUAAAUAUCAACACCAUUUUGCAGCAUCGUAUUAAUUAUAAUCAGACUAGAGAAUUCUGGUUUCAGUUGUUAUAAAUACAGGAGUUGCGGAAUAACUUUGGUAUUCGUUUAUAGCUGUCAUGUUGCAUUUUAGUGCACCGCUAUAUUUACAUUUUGUAGAUGAAUUUAGCUAGAAUUUACAACUUGAUAAUCUCCAAUAAAAACACAUCAAUGUAUCAAUAUUCCUCAAAUUAUCUACAUUUGAUAAUUUUAAGUCCCACGUGGCAAUUAUUUGUAUUCAAACGAAAGGUUAGGUUCGAAAGGUUCAAAAGACACCUUUUGGUCAAAAUAGGAAUACACGAAAUCUUGAUAGAAAUUGUAUUAAAAGAGGAUUUUCUAGCACUAGAUUUAAGGACUAUAUUCCGUU